AUGGACUUUGUGAUUCCACAUUCAUCAGCUUCAGAUUGCUUGUUGUCAUCAGAGUAUCAUACUGCUGCAGUCCUCAAAAAAGGCAUGCAACACUCUGUCUUCUGCGUGAUCUUGUGCUUGGUGUUGCCCAGUACACCAGACGCUCCCUGCUCGCCAACAUCCCUUUUUGAACAGGAAGGAGAUUACAAGCUUGCAGGAAUGUUUCCCAUUCACAACAUUGACAGUAAGACUGAAUUGACGCUGGAGUUGCCGGACUGCAAACUAGGAAAAUUCAACAAACAUGGAUAUUACUUGCUACAGGCCAUGAGAUUCACAAUGGAAGAGAUCAACAGUGCGAGAAACACUCUUCUGCCUAACGUCAAGCUGGGUUACAGAGCCUAUGACAUCUGCUCUGAGACGGCAACGUUACUAGCAACCAUGGAUCUUUUUUCCAGACCAGCCUUUCCUGCAGAUCAACUGCUCUUGAACACCACUGAUUAUGAACCCAAAGCCGUUGCUCUUAUUGGGCCAGACAGCAGCACCUAUGCUUUUACCUCGGCCAGCAUCCUUGGAUACUUCAUGUUCCCACUGAUUAGCUAUGAAGCAACCAAUGAGAUGCUGAGCAAUAAGAAGCUGUACCCAUCUUUUUUUCGCACCAUCUCUAGUGACAAGAACCAAGUCUUAGCCAUACUGCAGCUUCUGGCCACAUUUCGAUGGACCUGGGUAGCAGUCUUAGGUAGUGACAAUGACUAUGGAAAGCAAGGCCUGCAAAGCAUCUCAGAGCUGGCAGAAACCUACAAUAUCUGCAUUGCCUACCAAGGGAUCAUCCCAAGUUACAGUAGCAGUACUCGACCAGAAAUGAUCAAAAUGAUCAACAACAUUAUUCAGACGAAAGUGAACACAGUGGUUGUUUUCUCCAGCAAGCGUAUUGCUAGUGGAUUUUUCUCCUUAGUGAUGGAACUGAACAUCACGGGCAAGGUGUGGAUUGGAUCGGAGGACUGGUCAAUAUCCACAAAGGUUUCAGGCCUGCCAAAAAUCAAAAGCAUUGGAAGCGUUCUUGGAAUAUCCACUUGGGCACUCCAAAUGCCUGGCUUUGCCAACUUUGUGUUGAACUCCUUUGAGAGGAACAGAACCCAAACUGACUGUCAAAGAGAUCAGGAGAAACUGAUGUGCAUUCAAGACUGUGACAUCUGCGCUUCUUUAACUGCUGCCGAAGCCCCUUUGGACCUUGCUGACAUCCAGUCUGCAUUUAAUGUGUAUCUGGCAAUUUACGCUGUAGCCUACAGCUUACACGAUUUACUGGGCUGCAGUUCUGGGAAUUGUAGCUACAGUAAGGUGCAGCCAUGGCAGCUUCUGGACAAAGUGAGACAUGUGAAUUUCUCUCUUCAUAAUAUACCAAUGUUCUUCGACCAGUAUGGAAAUCCUCCCUUUGGAUACAACAUUAUUUCCUGGAACUGGACUGGAGACACAGUGUCCUACAAUGUUGUAGGCUCCUACAGCCCAGGUCACAGGCACCUGGAGGUCAACACGACUCUCAUUAACUGGAAUGCACAAAACAGCAAGACGGUUCCCACAUCACUAUGUGCACCUGAUUGUCCAAGUGGCUACCGAAGGCUGCAGAGAGGAGCACACAUCUGCUGCUUUGACUGUGAGAUAUGUCCAGCAAUGACCUACAUUUCUGACAAAAAUCUUUAUGUCUGUGAACCCUGCCAGAAGUGGCAGUGGUCACCAGCUGCCAGCCAGACCUGCUUUGCCCGUACCUUGGAAUACCUGGAAAUGUCUGACAGCUUAGCCGUGCUCCUUCUUGUCAUUGCAGCACUGACCAUACUUCUGAUAGCCACUGUGGCAGCUGUCUUCCUGCGCCAUCUGGACACUCCAGUGGUUCGUUCGGCAGGGGGCAGGACAUGCCUGGUCAUGCUGGCUUCACUGGCCAGCGCCUGCAGCAGUAUCUACUUUCAUCUUGGCCUGCCAUCUCACAUUUCCUGCAUUCUUCAGUACUCUGUAUUUUGCAUCAGCGUCACAGUGUGCCUGUCCUGCAUUGCUGUGCGGGCCUUUCAAAUUGUGUGUAUCUUUAAGAUGUCCUCCAAUCUUCCCAAGGCAUAUGAGUGGUGGGCAAAGAACAAUGGCCCCCAGAUGUUUAUCCUCAUCGCAUCAUUUACUGAGCUCUUCAUCUGCAUUCUGCAUGUUCUUCUAGACCACCCGUUACCUAUUGAGGAGUACUCCAAAUUUCCAGAUAAGAUUGUGCUGGAGUGCAGUGGGAGUCAGUCACCAGUGACCAUUGUGGAGCUUUCCUUUGUGGCACUUCUCAGCUGCAUAUGCUUUGCUUUAAGUUACAUUGGCAAAGAUCUCCCUGCCAACUACAAUGAAGCCAAGUGUAUCACCUUCAGCCUGCUCAUCUACUUGCUCUCCUGGCUCGCUUUCUUUACAACAAGCAGUGUGUACCAGGGAAAGUAUAUCAAUGCAAUGAACAUCGCUGCAACUCUGGCUAGUGUACUGGGCAUUCUUGGAGGUUACUUCACCCCAAAGUGCUACAUCAUCCUGCUGAAGCCUCACAUGAAUACCGCAGCACAUUUCCAAAACUGCAUUCAGAUGUACACCACAAAGAAGAGCGACUACUAAUAUCAGCAAUCUGGAGGUGUGCAAAC